AUGGAAUUGUCCCAGGAGAAGGGGAUCAACGAACUGUUUGAACGCGCCGCCAAGCUUGUUCCAGGAGAGGGCAAGACCAAAGCUCUUGAGGCCACAGCAGUCCGCUUGAGCAAAGAAUGGUCCGCUGUUUUGGAGGUGCAUGAAGCACCCGACAGCCUUGUGAAGGAGGUACUUGGCGUGCGCAUGGCCGCCAAAGAAAAAGAUUUGUUGAGUGGCUCCCAGAAACCACGACGGGCUUUGUACAAGCUUCAACUUGACGCGCCCGUGACUUCAGCCCCGGAGGAAGUGCAGCUCUCCAUGCCGAUCAAGAGGCUCUCCAUUGUCGGAGGCAACCGAAGCCCUGCAGCAAUUCCUACGACAGGUGAGGCCGAAAGAGCUUGA